AUGGAAAAUACACUUGAAGAAAAAUUAAUGAAAGUAAACUUUUUUAAUGAAAAUGAAGAAAUUAAAAAGAGAAAAAAAUUUCAUAAAAUUAGAAGAGCCCUAUUAAAUAUGAAUGAAAAGGAAGAAAAUUAUUUUUUAAUGAACAUAUAUCCAUUAAUAAAAAAUUAUAUAAAUGAUAAUAUACUAUGUUAUGAAUAUAAAAAACAUCAUUUUGGAAAAAGUAUUUUAAAUAUAUUUUAUUCUAUGAUUUAUAAAUUUAAAAAAAUAAAAUACAUCGUAGAAAUUUUUGAUAUAUGCCUAAAUCUUGUUGAAAAAGUAAAUGAAGAAUAUGCUAUCCUUUGUAUUAGAAUAAUAACAGAAAUAUGCAGAUUGCAUAGAAAUGAUUUAAUAUUAUUCGAAAUUUAUAAAUAUAUAAAUAUUUUAUCUACUAACAUUUUAAAAAUAUUUUAUAAAAAAAUAAUUAACAAAGUUAAAAAAGGAAAAUUUUUGAAAUCUUUAAUUAAUAUUUAUAAAAAAAAGAAAAAUAAAAAAAAAAAAAAAAAUUAUUUAAACAGUAGCAAAGAUUCAUUAAAAGUUAUUAGAGAAAUAAUUUUAUCAAAUUUUAUUAUAAUAAAUAUAUAUCCAAAUAUAUUAAAUAAUGUCGAAGAUUGCAUAAAAAUAUUAUGUAAAAUACUUUCAAUUACCAAUGUUUUUGAUUUUAAAUUUUCAAAAUUUUUUUUUAUAGAAUCCAUUAAGUAUUCUAAUGAAUGGAUUUUAAAAAAUGUAUAUUAUUAUGAAUAUGAAAAUUCAUUUAUAAACCAAAAUAAUGUAAAUGAUGAAACAAAUUCAAAAAAUUUAUACAGUCCUAAUAAUAAGGAAUGUAGUUAUAAAAAUUUGUUAAAUCAUCAAACUGCAAAUGAGAAAAUAGAAGUUAACAAAAACAAUGAAAUUUAUCAAAUUAAUACAACUUUUGGUAAUUUAAAUUGUUAUACUUUAAAUUUUGAUGAAAAUAAUAAAUAUAAAAACAAUUUGUUUUAUAUUCCAAGUUAUGAUAAUAACUCAUUUAUUAAUAAUAAUUUAAUUAUCGAUAAAGCUCCUAUUAAUAAUAGCUAUCUCACAAAUGAUAGUAUUUUCUACAAUAAUUCAUUUGAUAAUAAUGAUUCAUAUAACAAUUACGUUAAUGAAUUAAAUAAUUUACCUAAUGAUGCUAAAUAUGGUUUUCCUAAAAAUGGAUUAAAAACAAUAAAGAAAAAAUUUUACAAAAAUGUAGAUUAUAAUAAAUAUGAGAUAGAUAUAUCUAAAUUAUCAGAACUUCUAAAUUUAAAAAAUAACAUUAUCUAUUUUUUAUGCUUCUUAUUAAGAUGUAACAAAAGUAAUAUGUAUUUUCUUUAUAAACAAUUUCUUAUAGAAAAAAUUAUUGAAUUUUUAAAAUAUGAUACACACUUUUUUAUGGAGAAAAAAAAAAAGUUUAUUGAAAACAUUCGAUUAUUACUACAUGAAAAUUUCAAAGAAAAUUUGAAGCAUUAUUUAAAGUUUUUAUUAGACCCUUCAUUGUAUAUAAAAAAUUUGAACAAUAAUAGCUUUUUAAAUAUAUAUAUAUUUAUAUUAAUACAUGAUAUAUUUUUUUAUUUUAAAAAUGAGAAUGUAUGGAAUUUUAACAUAUUAAAAAGUUGUAUAGAUAAUUAUUCGUAUAUUAUUAUCAAAGAGAAAAAAGCUAUUUUUAUUCAGAACAUUUGUAUCAAAUUAUUAGUUUUUAUAAUUCACAUAAUUUUUAGAAUAAAAAAGAGAAAUUCAUUGUAUUUUUCGUUAUAUUUUGAUAUUAUAAAUAUAAUGCUAAAUAAAAGUUUUUCUUUAAAAUAUGAAUUGCAUAAUGUAUAUAAAAAAAUAUGUAAAAAUAAUAAACGUGUUACUAAUUCUAAAAAAGUAAAAGUUUCUCAAAAUAAUUAUAAAAAAAAAAAAAAAAUGUCACAUUUUUUCCAAGAAAAAUGUAAAUAUAAUUCAGAUAAUUUUUGUUUAACUUUUAAAAAUACAUUAAAGAAAAAAAAAAAAAUUAUGAAAAUAAAUUCAAAUGAUGAUAUUAUAUGUGAUAAGAGAAAAAUAUUAUUACAAAAUAGUUAUAAGGUAAAUAAUCAUAAAGAAAAUUUAAACGAAUUAUUAAGAGAAUACAAAUAUUUAUUGUAUUCGUUUUGCACAUGUAUAAAAAAUAAUAUUUAUUAUAUUUAUUUAUAUUUUAAUAAUGAUAUAAUUAUCAAUAAAGAAGAAUUAAAGGAAAAUUAUAAAAAUAAUAUUCCAGAUUAUAAUAACUUUGAAGUAAUGAAAGAAAAAAAGGAAAAUUUCAAAAAUUUUGAAAGAACAAAUAAGAGUAUCAAUAAAAAAGGAAACAUAAUAAAAAAAAAAAAUAAAAAUAUUACACAUAGUAUUUACAAAAAUGUUAAUAGUCAAUAUUUCUAUAAUUUUUUAAUUAAUCAAACAAAAGAUAAGACAAAUAAAAAUAUAAAUAAAUCUCAUAUAUAUAAAACUAAUAAAAAUUCAAUCAAGACUUCAUCUACUAAAUUUUUAAAAAAUUUUAAUGAGUGUAAUAAUUCUUAUUGUUUGAAUGGAUAUAACAGCUUAUAUUUUAAUAGCAAUAAUAAUAAUAAUUUUAGAAGUAGUAAUAAUAUUAAUAAUAAUAUUAGUAGUAGUAGUAAUAAUAAUAAUAAUAAUAAUAAUAAUAAUAAUAAUAAUAAUAAUAAUAAUAAUAAUAAUAAUAAUAAUAAUAAUAAUAUUAAUAAUAUCAGUGAUAAUAAUAAUAAUAGUAAUAAUAAUAAUAAUAGUAAUAAUAAUAAUAAUAGUAAUAAUAAUAAUAAUAUUAAUAAUAAUAAUAAUAUUAAUAAUAAUAAUAAUAACAGUAAUAAUAAUAACAGUAAUAAUAAUAACAGUGAUAAUAAUAAUAAUAGUAAUAAUAAUAAUAAUUUUAGUAGUAGUAGUAAUAAUAAUAAUAUGUGUAUAGAUAAUGAAUUUUUAUAUAAUAAUGAAAAUGAAUUAAUAAAAAGUGAAUAUUAUAAUUUGAAUGAUUGUAAAAAUAAUUUUAAUCUUAAUAAUAUUUCUCGAAAUGAUAUUGAUUAUUUGAAUGAUAAUAAAGUUAAUAAUGAUAAUAAUGAUAAAUAUAUGAAUGUUAAUAAUAUGAUUGAUAAAGAUAAUAAUAUACAUUUAAGUAGUUUUCUUAAUAGUAAUGAUUUUCUUAUAAAAAAUGAUGAUUUUCUUUUAAGAAAUGACGAAUUUUUUAAUAAUAUUUUUGUAAAUGGAAAAAAUUUGUUCAAUUCCCAUGAUAGUAACUUAAAUAGUUAUACAAUUGAAAAUGAUUUAUGUAAUUAUAUGAAUAAUUAUAAUAACGAAAAUGAAAAAAAGUUGAAUAGUAUUAUAUAUGGUUACAAUAAUAAGAAUGAAAUAAAUAUAGAUAAUUUUAUGAACUAUUAUAAUCAUGAUCACACUAAAAAAAGAGAUUAUGAAGAAAAUAAUAUAAAAAGUGAAAAAAAUUCUUGUAAAAUUUUUUUUGAAGAAAAUAUUACUGGUAAUUAUCCUAAUAGAAAUAAUUUUUUUAAUAAUGAGAAAAAUUAUAAUCGGAAUAAUAUAAAUAAUGAAAAAACAAAAAAUGUAAUAAAAAAAGAAUUACAGGAUCAAGAUUCAAGAAACAAUAAAAAAUGUGAUAUGAAUACAAAUGAUAUAUUUGAAGAUAUGUAUGAUUUAAGUGAUUUUAAUUUAUCCCUUGUUCAAAAUAUAUCUUUAUUUUCUUAUAAACUGGAUGAUGUAUGGAUAAAAAUAAUAUAUAAAAUUUUUUAUCAUAUAAUUAUUUGCUCUAUUUUGUACAAUUAUUGUUGUUCUUUUGUCACUAUAGAUAAUAUAAAAAUAAAAAACGAUGAUAUUAAAAAAUAUAUAAAUAUGAAAAUAAAUGAAAAUAAAAUAUAUAGCGAUGUUGAGAAUGACCAAUAUAUAACUAUUAAUGUAAAUAAAUUGUCAAAUGAGCAAAGAAAAAAAAUUUUUAAUUGUAUCAACUAUAUAAAGAAUGAAGAAAAAAAAAUGUUAUAUAUGUGUGCUAAUAUUGUAAUUUAUUUGAACAUUCAGAAUUUUUAUGAUUUUUUAAAUUAUUCCAUUGAUAUUUUAUUUAAAUUAUUGUUUCAGUAUCCUCAAAUAUUCUAUAUUUUUCAUUUAUUAGGUGGGUUAAGUCAUACUAGUAUGUCAUUUUGUAAAGUUUGUUUAAACUAUAUAAUUAAAAAACUAAAAAAAAUUUUACGAAUUAAAAAUGAUUUUUAUCCAUUGCAGUAUUACAACUAUAAAGUAAGAAGUAGACUAUUAAACGAUAUAUAUAAACACAAAAUUAUGUAUAAAUUACACUCUCCAUAUGAAUGCUUGUUAAAUAUAUAUGAGUCACAUAAUAAAAAAUUAAAUAGUAUGGAUUUCUCUAAUAAAAAUUUAUAUAUAGAAAAUAAAUAUAAAGAACAUGGAAAGAAUAAUAAGAAGUUUAAAAACAAUAUAAGCAAAAGGAGAUUAAGUAUAAAUCACUUUUAUGAAGAUAGAAAAGUCACAAAAAAAAGAAAAAUUUUAGGAAAUAUAUAUAAAUAUUCUCUUAAUGAAUUUAUUAACAAACAGAAAAAAAUAAAAAAAAAAGUUAAAAAAAAAAAUCAAAGAAUGUUAAUAUCUUUCCCCAAAAGUAUUUCUUUAGAUAAUCACACAUUUUUUAAUGAAAAUUAUCCCACAUGUUAUUUAAAAAAUGAUAAAAAAAGAAAAAAUUUCAAUAAAUUUUACAUGUGGACAGACUAUUUUGAUUUUAAUAUAUUUGAAGAAUAUGAAAAUGAAAAAAAUUCUCUGAACAAUUUUGAGAAAAAGAAAAUAUUUUACUCUUCAUUGAAUAAUGCAAAUUUAUUUAAAGAGUUAGCAUAUGAUGAAGAAAUAAAAUUUUUAAAGAAAUUGAGUACUUCAAAUAAUAAAUUUAAAUUAGAUAAUAUAAGGGAAAUAAAAAAAAAGAGGAAUACCAGAUACUUUUUUCAUAAUUUAUCAAAACAAGAAAUUAUAAAUCCAUCUAAUUUUAUAUUAAGAUAUAUUAAUAAAUUCCCCAAGAAAAAAAAAAAAAAAGUAUUAUCUUAUUUUCAUGACAAUUGUAGAAUUUUAAGUAAAUCAUUAUCAGAAGAAAAUGAUAAUAUUUUUUUAUAUAAUAAAUAUUCAUUGAAAAAUAAAUACAAAAAAUAUAAAUGUAUUUCAAAAAACAAUAUAAAAAAGGGUAAUAUCUUUCAUGAUAAUAUAAAAAUUAAAAACUUAAGAGGAAAAAAAAAAAAAAAAAAUAUUGAGUAUAAUAAUUAUAUUAACACAUAUGACUAUAUAAUUGGUUAUAAUACUCUUUCAUUAAAUAAUACUUUUAACCACUAUUUAUCUUAUAAAGAAUUAAUAAUUAAAGUGAUAUAUUUUAUUUUAAAAGUAAUAAAAUAUUACUCUAAUUAUCAUUUUCAUUUUUUAAAAGAAUUAAAAACUAUAUUUAAAGUAUGUUUUGAUAUCAUUUUAAAUGAUAACAAGUCUAUUUACCUCAUUGACAUAAUAAAGUCAAUCCUUGAAACUAUUUGUCAUAUAAAUUAUGCAAAUAAAUUAAAGAAAAAUAGUAAAGAUAAAAGUAACACAUAUUUGGUAUUCGAUAAAAUUUCACAUAAUGAUAAUUUAAAUUAUUUGAAAGAAUUAAAUGAUGAUAAAUUAAAAGAUAACUUUUUCAUAGAAAAUUAUUUAAACUUAAUAAAAGAAAAUUAUUGUAAAAGUAAGGAAAAUUUUAAUUUAAACAAGAAUGAGAACAACAAUGUUAACUUAAAUUCCUUACAAAAAAAAUUAUAUAAUUAUGAUGAUAAUCAGAAUAAUAAUGAUAAUAAUAACGAAAAUAAUAACGGUGAUAACAAUAUUUUUAAUGACAAUAAUAGAGGAUAUAAUAAUUAUAUUAACAUUGAUACAUUUGAUAUUUAUAAAAAGAAUUCAAAUGAUUUUGGUGAUAUAAAAAAUAUAAUGCAGACAAAAAGUAAUAAUAAUUUUUUUAUAUAUAAAAAUGAUAUAUCUAAUUGUUUACAUAAUAUGCAAUCAUAUUAUGAAUAUGAAAAAAAUGAAAAUGAUAUGAUCGAAUAUUUUCUAAAUUUGUUUGAAAAUGUUUACCUUGAAUCUCCAAAAUUAUUUAAAAUGCUAUUUUGUGAAUUAUGUUUAAUAUUACCAAUUAAUAAUUUUAUGAAUAAAUAUUUUCAUAUUUAUAUGAAAUCAUUAUUAAUUUGUUUAAAUUCAAAAGAUAUAAACAUGAUUAAAAUUGCCUUAAAAACAAUAGAAAAAAAUAUGAAUAAUACUAAUAAAAAUUUUAUAAAAGAUAUUAUUUCUUCUUCAUUUUUUUAUAAAAACAAUAACCCAACAAAAUCACACAUUAUUACUAAUUUAACGAAAUUAUUAAAUAAAAAAAUAUAUUUUCAAUUUAAUUUUAAUAAUAUUUAUGAACAAAAGUAUUAUAUAAACGAUUUUUUUAGAAAUUCCUUUAAUAAUUUUUUUUUUAAAAAUGAUUUAGGAAACUACACAUUUCAGUCAGAAGCAGAAAUGAAUAAAUAUUUAAAGAAAAUGUAUAUUAAAAAUUUAUAUACAAUUUUAAGAAUUUAUUGCAAAUUUAUUCGAGAAAAUGAAAUAUUUAAGAAUCAGUAUUGCUAUAUGAUUAAUAAAAAAAGUUUAUACCCAUAUUUUAAAAUAGGAUUUUUUUUAAAAAAAGAAAUAAAAGAAAAUAAAAAAAGAGAAAGUAUAAAAAACACACAUAAACUUGAUAAAUCAGUAGAAAAAAUUAAUAAAAAUGAAAAUAAUAUACAGGAAUAUACAUUUUCUGUAAAUAAAGAAGGUGAAAAAACAAAAGCAAAGAGAAACUUAAAAAAAGAGAAAAUUUUAUAUUCUUAUGACGAUAAUAAUGAUAACAAAGAAAUCAAAAAUUAUUAUGAAAUUGAGAGUGAUAAUGAAAAUAAAAAUGAUAAAAAAGUGCAUGAUGAUUUCAAGCAAAGUGAUCAGGGAAUACAACUAAAAAGUGACGAUGAAAAAAAAAUCAUUAGCAACAAAGAAAAAUCUAAUAAAAGAAAAUUGCAAAAUAUUGAUAAUUUGUUUGAACCAAAAGAAAAUGGAAAAUAUAAAAACCUAAAAAAUAAUUUAAAUGCAAAUUAUAACAUAAAAGAAGAAGAUAAAUAUAAAGAAGAAAAAAAUAUUAAUGAUGACACAAAAACAAAUGAAAAUAAUGAAAAAAAAAAAAAUAAAAUUAAUACUUUGAAAAAUGAUAAAACAUUCAAUAAAAAUGAGGAAUUUGAAUUUCUUAAUGAUAAUGAAGAUAACUUUCUUUUAGGUAGUUUGAAUAAUACAAUUAUAAGUGACAAAUUUGAUGAUAUAAUACACCAUAUUGAUUUAGAGAAAACAUUAAAUUAUUGUUAUAAAAUAUUAAAAAAUUCUAUAAAAUAUAAUAAAUCAAAAUACUUGUAUCAUCAUAGGAAAAUAAUAAAAAAAAAUUUAAAAAGAAAGAUUCUUAUUAAAAAAAAAAUUACAAUAAAAAAAAAGAGAGAGAAACAAAAUUUUCAAAUUUUUCAUUUUGAUGAUUUAAGUAUUUUUAAGAAGAGGAAAAUAGAUGAAACUAGAGAUAAAAGAAAAAAAAUCAAGUUGAAUAAUAUUUCAAAUAAGAAAGAUAAUGAUCUUGUGUGUAAUAACAAUUCUUUUUAUUUAGAGAAUGACAAUAAUUUUAAAACAAACUAUGUUAAAAAUUCAGAAAAUGAAUAUGUGGUAAAUAAGGAAGUAAAUAAUGAUAGUAGAAUUUCAAUAAAAAAUCAUUAUAAUUAUCAUAGUUGCAAAGAAAAAAGUAAUAGCAUAUUUAACAAAAAAAAAAUAUAUUUAAAGGAGAAGAAUUAUUUUAAUGAAUUUAAUAAAUUUAUUAAAAAUAAUGAAAUUAAAUAUUUUGAGAAAAGUGACUUAUGUUUUAAAUGUAUUAAUAAAAAUCAAAGAAUUAAUUGCUAUAGGAUAAUUAUUACUAUAUUUGUUUUUAUUUUCAAUCAUUCUAAUUGUAUAUCAGAAUUUUAUAUAUAUAUGAUUAAGGUUGCAUCAAUGAAUAAAGAUUUUAAAAUUUAUAAAAAUAACAAUAAUAAUGAUAAUAAUAAUAAUAAUAGAAGUAGUAAUAAUAAUAAUAUUAAUAGUAGUAGUAGUAAUAAUAAUAAUAAUAACAGUAAUAAUAAUAAUGAUAGUAAUAAUAAUAAUAGUAAUAACAGUAAUAAUAAUAAUAAUAGUAAUAAUAAUAAAAUAAAGAAUAAUAUGGAAAAAAUAAAAUUGAGAAAUGAAGGAAAUAUGAACCAUUUAGAAAACACUCCAUCUAAAAAAAUAUUUGAAAAAUAUAAUGAAAAUGCAUCUAUGUCUAAAUAUUAUACAAAUAUAUUUAAAGAAAGAGAAUACGAUAAUAUUACAAAUAAGGAAAAAAAGUAUACUUUUAAAACGUGUAGUUGCAACAAAUAUUUAUAUAAGUAUUCUUUUAUUUAUAAAGAAGAUCAUAGUAAUUUUUUAAAAAAAUUGAUGUACUGUUUUCUAAUAAUGCUAGUUGAAAUAAAUCAAGAAAAAGAAAAUAAGAAAAGAAAAAAUGUGAACAAAAGUAAAAGUAUUUGUAAAAAUAACAUAUGGAAGGAAAAAUUAAGAGAGAUAGUUAAAUACAUUAUUAGAAGAAUGUCUUUGAUACUAUCGAACAGAUUUAUUCUAUCUAAAAAUGAGAAUUUUAUUUAUAUAAAAAAUCAUAAUAAUGAAAUAGAUGUAUCUUUAUUUAUAUUUACGUUUUGUAAUUUAAUAGAUUUUCAUCCAUAUUUUAUUGAAAGUAGUAUACAAGGUUUGAAUUUUAUGCAGAAAAUUUUAAAAACAAUUUUAAAAAUACAACCAUUAAAAAUUCAAAAAUGUAUGAAAUCUUUCUUUUUUUCAAAUUUAUGCUCUUCUAUAUGUAAUAUAUGCAAUAAUUAUAAAAUAAAAAAGAAAAUAUUUGGCUUAUUAUUAUUUAUAAAAGUCAUCAAAAUUUUACAUCCACACUGGGUAAAAUUUAAUAUAUAUCAUAUUAUUCAUACAUUGAUAACUUGUUUUGAAAAAUCAAAAUUGAAAUAUUUUAGAAUUAUACAAUUAUUAAUUGAGGAAUGCUUUUCUUUAGCGAUUUCUUCUUUGUUUAUUGGAUAUGUGGGAGAAAUAAAUUCGUAUGUUUUAAAUGAGAUGGAUUCAUUAAACAAAACAUAUAUGGAUGAAAUAACUAAUUCUUAUAAAAUGGAUAAUAUAAUUGAUAGAAAUACUUUAAAAAUAAUGGGAUCUAGAGAACAAAAUAAAAUUAUAAAAUUGAAACAGAAUAUAGAAAAAAUAAGAAAUUUUUUUAAUAACAAUGAAAAGGAAAAAUGUAAUAUUGAAUCUAAUGAAGAUAAUAAUAAUAAUAUAAAAGAUAAAAGAUACAUAAAGGAUAAACACUUUUGGUACAAUAGAGAUGAAAUAUAUACGUGGGAUAUACUAACAUUAAAAGAAAAAAAUAAAAGAAAAACGAAAGAUAUAUUAAAAAUGAAUAGAAUAUUAUUCAACAUUUUAAAAAUAUAUAUUCACAAUUUAAAUAAAGAGGAGGAAUAUAAUAGACUUUUUAUAAAAAAAUCAUUUAUAAUACUAGCAAAAAUUUUAAGAACUAAUAUAAAAGAUUUAUUAAUGCAUAAAUAUUCAUUGAAAAAUGAAAUAUGCUUACUGAGUUUAUUGAUCAAAUAUUUUUCUAUAUCUAAUUUUUUGUCAUUUUCAUUUAAACUUAAAGUUUCUUAUUUAGAUUUUUUGUGUUUUUUUUUAUCACAAAAACCAUAUAUUAAAUUUGAUACAACAUUUAUUGCUAAUUUAAUUAAUGUUAUAAUAAAUAUUAUUGAAAAUUUAGAUAAAAAGAAGGAAAAAUAUAAAUUUGUAGAUUAUAUCUUGAAUGACAAUAUACAAAGCACUCCAUUUAAUAAUAAUAUAUAUUUAGACCAGCAUAGCAAAACAAAUUUUAAUUUUAUUUUUAGUAAGAGAAGAAAUUUUUUUUCAGAAAAAAUUCCAUAUGAUGGAAAACAUAAUAACAUAAAUAAUUUAAAUGACAAUUUAAAAUUGUUUGAAAACAUAUAUAUGAAAGAAAAAAAAAAUAUUUUUUAUAACCAAAUAUAUGAUAUAAAUAAUAAUGAAUAUUCUCCUAAUAUCGAUUCCCUGAAUGAACAAAAAAAUAAAGAUUUAUUUAAUUUAUAUCAGAAAAUUUUAAAAAAAAAGUGUGUGAACUAUUUUACAAAUAAUGGUCAUAAUUUCACUGAAACUGAAGAAAUGAAGAAUUUUAAAAAUAAAGAUUGUAACAAAAAUAUAUUUUCUAAUAAUAUAAAAAAUUUGUUAAUUAAUCAAAAUGAAUAUAUAGAUAACAAUUAUAACACAUUUGAGAAUAAUAAAAAUUUCCCAAUCAAUUUUAGUGAAGAAGAUGAAAUGAAAAAUAUUCCAAAUUCUUAUUUUUAUAUGUAUUUUGAAGAUAAGUUAGAUAUCUCAACUAAUAAGAAUGAAAAUGUGAUUAACCAAAAUAAUAAUGAAAAUAAUAAUGAGAACUUUUAUUACCAUAAUAUAAAUGUAUGUGAUAAUUUUUUAAUGAAUUACAACAACGAAAAUAAUAAAAGUGAAUGUAAUGAUAGUAUAAAUGAAAAUAAAUCAAGUGUAAAUGAAGAAAUAUUAAUAAAUAAUAAUAAGGAAAAUAAUAGCAGUAUAACUAAUAAAAAUGAAAAUAAUGAUAAUAACAAUAUCAAUAAUAAUAAUGAAGAAAAUUUAACUGAAUAUAAAAAUUUUAUGAUGAACACAUUGAAUAAUGAAAAAAUAUUAGAAAAUAAUAUAAUAAAUAAAGAUAUUAAUGAAACAGUAAAUUAUGAAUUUUCGUUGGAAGAGAAAGAACAAAAUAAAAAUAGAAAAUUACUGGAAAAAAGUUCAUUUAAUUCAUCACAUAAAUUUGAUUAUAACAUAAAUUAUAAUUUAAUCAGUAGUAAUAUAACUAUUAAUGAUGAAAAGUAUAAUUCAAUUCAUAAAAACGAAGAUAAAGAAUUAGAUAUAAACGGUCUAAAUUUGUCCAAUGAAAAUGAUAUAACUAAUAUAUAUAACGAUUAUAAUAAAGAUAUAAAAAACAAUAUAAAUUAUUUAAGUGGUUUGAACAUUUAUAAUAUAGAAAAAGAAAAAAUAAAUCUUAAAUACAAAAAAACAUUUGCAGAUAAAAAAAAUAAGAGUAAAAAUGUUGAAUACACAGAUUUUGACUGUAAAAAUGAUUUAAAAAAAAAUAUAAAAGAAGAAAAUAUUAAUUUUUUUCUAUAUGCGAUGAUAUUUUUUAAAAUAUGCUUUACACAUCCAUUAUAUAAACAUUUUUUAUCUACGAUAAAUGUAAAAAUUAAUAAAAAAAGUACAUCAUUAUAUAAUCGUUGUAUUCAAACUCUUAUGAAUUUUUUAUUUAGAAAAGAAAAAGAGCUAUGCAUUCAAGCAGAACAUACUUUGCAAUAUAUAAUUUUUAUCAAUGAACAAGAGAGAGGUGCAAAAAAAAAUGAAAAUAAGAAUAUAAUAUGGAAAGAAGGAAAUAUAUAUAAUUUAAUGAAAAAAAAUGUACUCAAUUUUAAGGAAACAGAUGAGAAAAAGAAAACCUUAUCAUAUUAUAUUAAUAAUAGUAUAAAAGGAAAUAAUAUAUCUAUGAAUAGAAAUAAUUCAAGAAAUGUUGGUAAGAUUAAUGAUAUGAAAUUCAUGAAUUUUAAUAGGACAAUUGCAAGGAUCUCAAAAAUAAAUAAAAAAGAUUUAAAAUCAUAUUUAAAAUCUAUCUUAUUUAAUUUAUCAUAUGUUUUAAAAAAUAAAUCUUUUAUUUUGAAGAAAAAUUUUAUUACUGGUCUUAGUAAAAUAUAUUGUUUAUUUCCUCAUCUUUUUUCUUCCUUUUUAAUAGAAGCAUUUAUUAAAUAUAUAAAAUUAUUCCAUGAAAAAAGCACAUGUUAUAAAAUGUGUUAUAAAAACGUAGAACAAGUAAUGAUAAUAUUUUGUAAAUUUUUUUCUAUACCUAAAUUAUCAUACAAGCAAUUUGCAGAAAUAACUGAUCUAUUAUUAGAUGAGUAUCAUAAUAAUAGAAAAGGGAAUAAUAUUUCUAUAAAAUGUUCGGAUAUAAUAGAUAGUAAAAGUGAGAAUCAAAAAAACAAGUUAAACUUUAUAGAUAAUAAUAAUACUACUAAUAAUUAUUUUUUAGAAAAAAAUAAAAUAAAUACACAGAAAAACUCAAGUAUUAAUACAAUUUUUAUACAGAGAAAUUUAAAUAAAAAUAAUAAUGGAAAUAAUAUUGAUGAUUUAGAAAAGAAGAAUAAUAUAGAUAAUGUAAAUAGUUUUAAUGAAGAUAUAAAUUUAUUAAAUGAAAACAAAUUACUUGAAAAUUAUAUUACAUUUAAUUAUAAUGAGAUAUAUUUAAGUAAUUUUUAUAUGUAUAGCUUAAGUAUGUUAUGUAAUAAAAAUUAUGAACACUCUUUUAAAUAUUUUUUAAAUAAUAGAAACAAUAAUAAAAUAUUUUUUUGUUUCUUAUCUCUACUGAACUUAAAAUAUUUAAGUGGAUUCAGAAAAUAUAUUUUUAAAAAAUUUAAUAUACUUAUUAACAUACUUUUAAGAUAUAUAUCUAACUUUUCUUAUAACAUAAUUUUAUAUUAUAUUUUUAGUAUUAAUAUUAUUGAUAUACAAAAUGAAGAUUUAAAUCAAAUUACUACAUAUGAUUAUACUAAAUUUAUGAAAUUUGUUGAUAAAAAUAUAGAAAACGAUUUAAAAAAAAAAAGUCUUUUAGAUAUUAAAAACAAUUUAAAUAAUUUUUGGGACGAAUUAAAUAAAAUGAGAAAAUAUGAGAAUAAUUAUUUAAAUCAAUUUAAUAAUAUCCCUCUUUUUACUAAUAAUACAUUUGUAUGCAAUUUAUUAAAUAUUAUAAACAUAAUUCACGCAAUAUUAAAAUAUGAGCCUUCAUACAUUUUUCUGAAUUUUUAUGAAGAACGAAUUAAUAAAAAUAAAGUUUGUAUAAUAGAAAUAUUAUAUAUUUGUUUAAGUUAUUUAAUUAGUCAAUAUUUAUCUAUGAAAAAUUGUGACUUUAUUUUAUUUUUAAAGAAGAACGAAUGCAAAAAAUGUGUUAAAAUUUUUAUAAUUUUCUUUCAUUUUAGUAGAAGUUUACUAAAAUAUGUUAGAAAUAACUCAUGGGAUGAACAAAAAUAUAACUAUAAUAUUGAUAUAAGAGCAAAUGAAGAGUUAAAAAACCAUUUCUUAAAUACUUUUAAAAAUGAAAAAAUACAUAAUGAAAAAAAACAUGAGAAUAAGAACAAUAUAACAUUUAAAGAUCUGAAAUAUAAUCAUCACUUAUUUUAUUUUAGAACAAAUAUAUUUAUUAUAUUAAAUUUUAUUAUAAUUAUAAGUAGAGAAACAGAUUAUAGUUAUUUACAUAAGUUUUUCAAAAAGUAUGCAACAAAAAGUUUAACUUUUAGAGAAAAAAGAUUUAUAUUUUUCACUAUUAUUAAUAUUACUAAGAAUUUUAAAUUAUCUCAUAAAGAAUUUUAUAAUACUUCAGUAAAAUUUUUAAUUAUCCCAAUUUUAAAGGAAUAUAUUAAUAAAAAAAAAAAUAUAAAAUAUAUUAAAUUUCAAAAUGAGGAUUAUAAAAUAAAUAAUAUGUAUGAAAAUAAUAAUAAUAAUUUUUAUUUAAAUAAUAAUAAAAUUUUCUUAAAUCUACAUUCAAAAAUAUUUUCUCAAUCAGACAUUAACCAUAAUUAUAAUAUAAAAGAAAAUACUAAUAAUAGUAAUAAUGACAUAAAUAAUAAGAUUAAUUUUAAUAAUAGAACUAAUAAUGAUAAUAAUGAAAAUAUUUCAAGAAAUAAUAAUGGAAAUAUUUCAAGAAAUAAUAAUGGAAAUAUUUCAAGAAAUAAUAAUGGAAAUAUUUCAAGAAAUCAUAAUGAAAAUAUUUCAAGAAAUAAUAAUGAAAAUAAUGGUAUCAAUAAUUAUAAUGAAUAUAAUGAUAAUAUGAAUAAAAAAACAGAACAAAAUAUAAAUUCAAUGUAUAACAAUAAUUUUUCAAAUAUAGUUAACGGUAAAAUUUAUAUAUCGGUUAGAAAUUUGCAUAAUAGUUUAUUUAUAUAUAGUUUAAAUGAUAAUGCAAAUCCUUCUAAUGGAUCUAAUGAUUAUUGUUUAUUUAAUUUAUCUCUAUAUAAGGAAAAAGAUUACUUGAGGGAUUUCCCUUUUUAUAAUCAUGAUUUAUUUAUGAAUAUUUAUGAAGUUAUUUAUUCUAUGAAGAUAUUGUUAGAAUUUAAUUGUAAUUAUACAAAAACAAUAAUAAAUAAGUUAGUUAUAUGCAGUUUUUUUAUAGAUAUAGUGAGAAAACUGAAUAACAAAGAAAGUAAAUUCUUAUUAUUUACAUACUUAAGAAAAGUAAAUAACCAUUAUAUUUCUUUUCCUUUUGAAUAUAUAAAACAGUUAUGUAUUCAUAAUAUAAUUAAUAUUUAUAAAUAUUAUUUUCAUAAUAAUAUAAAUGAUUUGAAAAAUAUAUUUCAUUAUUUAAUGUCUUCUCAUAAAAAUGAAGAAAUUAAUUUAUUAAAAACGAACUUGGAAGAAUUAACAAAAAUAAUUGCUUUAAGAGUUAAACAGAAUAAUAAAAUUUCCUAUAAAAGUAAGAUAUGGAAAUGCUACAUAAAAAAAAAUUAUAUGAAUUAUUUUUAUUUUAACAAUUUUAGUUGGAAUGAUAUAGUAAGUAAUAAUGAAAAAAAUGCAUUGCAUUGUUACAACGAUGAUUUCAUAAAUGAUUUUGAUAAUAUACAGAAUUUCAAUUAUUUCAACAAAAAAAAUAAUAUAGAAAAUUUUAAUUUUCUUGAUUAUAAAACUAUUAUUUUAGACUAUUUUAAAAAAGAAAAAAAUCCAUUUAACAAAAUACAUAUAUUAGAAAUUAUUUUAAAACAUAAAUAUAAUUUUUUUAAUAUAUAUCCAUAUGCAAUAGCACAUAUUUUUAAAAUUUUAAAAAGUUUUUCAAAUAGUUCAUAUAUAAAUAAGAAGAAAAAACAUUUCAUAAUUUUUUCCUUAAAUGAGAUAUUCUCAUUAAUAAAAUUUAAUAUAUUUUGUAAUUGUGUUCUUAGUAUGUUUACUUUAAAUAAUAAUAAAAUUGUUAUAAAAAAAUUUAAUACUGCAAAUAUAGAAUCAAAUAAAUUGGAAACAUUUUCUUCAGAAAGUAGGAUUUCUUCUGAAAUUGAAGGUAGUAAUAAUAAAAAACUCCAUUGCAAAAGUGAUAUGAUAAAAAAUGAAAAUACUAUUAUUCUUAAUAAUGAAAAUAUAAUUUCCCUUAGUGAACAUGAAAAGCAAAUAUAUAGAAAGGAUACUUCUUUUAAAAAAAACUGUCACAAUAAAAAUAAAAUAUUUAUUGAAUUGGAAAACAAACUUUAUAACUAUUUUUUAAAAACUAGAAAUGAUGAUAUUAGACAAGUUUUUUAUAUAGGUAUAGUAAAUGUAAUUAAGAAAUAUAAACACAUAUAUGUUAAUUAUAAUAUUUUAAAUGAGUUAAGUAAUUUAAUAAUUUCUUCUUUAAUAAAGAAUAGUCAUAAACUAUAUAUGAAUAAUAUAACAAAUAAGAUUCUUGUUAUUCUUGAAGAUAUAUUAAGAAUUAAGAAUAAUAUAAAAAUUAAGUAUUUAGAUAUGUAUACAACGUUGAUUUACUUUUAUUCUAUAGAUUAUAGCUAUAAAAAAAAAAAAAAAAAAAAAAAAGUUAAUAAAAAAGAUAUAGAUAAUAAUAUUUUAAAAAAUCUUUAUUUAAAUAUAGAAUCAUAUAAAUCUAAAGAAGAAAAAAAAAAUAAAGAUAGAGUAUCGGAAAAUGAUAAUCUAUCUGAUGAACGAAAACAUAAAUUAAUUAAUGAAUGCAAUAUUGACUCAAAAUUAAAAAACGUUUGUAAUACAUACGAAAAUACAAUAAGUAAUUACCAUAUAAAGAAUACUAUUGUGACAAAUAAUGUUUCAAAGAAUGCUUUUAAUUCGUUUUUGAGUAAAAAGGAAUUAUUGGGGGUGUAUAAUGGAGAUAUAUUAAAAUUGAAUGAAAAAAAUUACAUCUAUAAUGAUAUAAAUGAAGAAGAAAAAAGUACAAUUAUUAAUAAAGAUAAUAUAAAUGAAAAUUUAGUAACAAAUGAUAAUUCAAAUAAAUGUAUUAACAUUAUGAACUUAGUAAAUAAAAGCAGUGUUGUAGAAAAAGAAGAUAAAUGUGAAAACAAUAUAAAUAAAAUUGAAGAUGUAUGUAGGUUGAUGAAUAAUAAUUAUAAUAAAAGUACCAUAAAAACAAUUUAUAUGAUUUUAAAAGUACUGAUAAAAUAUGUAAAUAAAAAGAAUAUAUAUAAAAAUUUGCACAUAUUAAGUUGCAUAUUUUUUCUAUUAAUAAAUUUUAAUAAUAAUAAAAUACAACAUUCAAUUUUGAUUUUAAUAAAUCAUAUAAUUUUAUCACAUAAUUUAUAUUUUUCAAAUUUUAGUAUAUUAAAUAAAAAAAAAGAUAGUAAUAAAAAUGAAAAAAGAAAUAAGUUAUCAUAUUUCAUAUUUGAUAUUAAUUUUGAAAAAAAAGAUAAAUAUGAAAAAAUUGAAUUCUUACAUGAAAUGUUAAUUAGCUUAGCUAUUAAAGGAAUGAAGGAAUAUAAGAAGAGUCAUAAAAUUUAUUAUACUAAGAAAUUAUUCUUUAAUGUAAAAUUAAAUACAAGUAUAAGAAUCUUUGAAUUUUUUUGUCAACUUCAUAAUAAUACAAAUUAUUAUGAAGAAUUAAUUAAAUUUCUUUUACUAAAAUACUUAAGAAAACUAAAAUUAAUAGGACUUUAUUGUUUAAAAAAAAAAAAAAAAAUGAUAAGUUUAAAAAGAUUAAUAUUUUUAAUGAACAUAAAUUUAUAUAUAAUGGAGAAGAAGGAUAUGUUCAACUUUUUUUGUAUAUUAAAAUAUUUUUUACAUGUGGAACAUAAAAAUUAUUAUCAUUUUGAUUUAUUUAUAUUAAAUAUUUUUGAAUAUAAUUUAACAAAAAAUUCAUCCAUUAGUAAAUAUAUAUAUUUAUAUCCAUCUGAUAUAUCUUCUGAUAAUUUGUCUUUCUCAUCGUCAUUCGGUGAUGACAAUAUGCAUAAAACAAGAACAAAAGAUAAAAUAAGAAGGAUUAUGAAUAAAUUAAAUGAUAAAAAUAAAAAAUUUGAGAUAAAAAAUUAUAUAAAAUACAUAAAUAAUUUUUUUAAUAAAAGUACAAAUUAUGUAUAUAAUUAUAAAAUCGUAAAUAGAUAUUUUUUCUCAAAAGAUAGAGUACUAUAUGAAAAUAGAAGGAAAAACGAAUUAAGAAAUAAAACAUUUAUAAAAGAUCAUAAUGAAGAAAUAAAAAAAGAAUUAAAUAUGAACUUAAUUGGAAAAAAAAAUGAAAAAUAUACAAAUGGCAAUAUAUGUAAAAAGGAAAAUAUUAAAAAUUUAGAAGAAAAUGAUAAGGUGAAAAUAUCUCUGAAUAAAGAAGAUAAAGCUUUUCAUGAAAAUUAUAAAAAAAAUUGCUUACAGGAGAAUAUUAAUGAUUGCAAAAUAUCAAAAAGGAAAAUAAAAAAAAAAUAUAGUAAAAGAAUAAAAUUUUACGAUUAUAUAUUUGAAGAAAAUAUAAUUGAAGAAAUCUUAUGCCAAGAUAUAUUUUUAAAUAAGAAAAAAAAAUUAAAAAAAUUAUAUAAGCAAAAUGAGAAUUUCAAUAUAAAUUUAUCAUCAAAAGAAAAAGCUGACAUCAUCAAAGAUUUAAUACUUUUUGAUUACUCUGAUGAUUAUAUGUGUUAUGUAAAAUAUUAUGAUAUAUUAUUAUAUUUUAUUAAAGAAGAAAAAGAGAAAUAUGCUAAAACUUAUAAUUUUAUUGAAAUAAAAAGCACUUUUUUGAAUAUUUUAUUACCAAAUAUUUUGAGAGGAACCUUUUCUUUUAUUCCAAAAAUAAAAUACACAUGCACACAUAUUUUUCAAAAAUAUUUUUUAUGUAAAGAUAUUUUUCAAUCUAUUUGUUUUUUGUUCAAUAAUGAUUAUUUUAGACAUAUUAUUGAUAAAUAUUUCAUAUCACUUUUCUUAAAUAUUUUAUUUUCCUUUUUUAAACAGAAUAUUGACACCUAUGCUUGUUUAAAAAAUAAAACACAAUCUCUUAUUCCAUUUUUAUGUAAGACGAAAACAAAAAGAGAAAUAAGUCAUGGAUAUAAUAAGAAUGAAGAAAAUAGUAAAACAAAAAUAAAUUAUAAUAAAAGUACUAAAAAUAAAAAUAAAAUAAUUAACGUAGAAAAUUAUAAUAGUGAUUUUAUUACAUGGGAAUUUUAUUUGACGAAAUAUUGUAAUGAACAGCAUAACUUUUUAAAACAGUGUAAACAAAAAAUAAUUAAAGCUAAAUAUUUAUUUAAACCUAUAUUAAGUUUAGUUAACAUUUUCAAAAAAUAUUCCAGAUGUAUGUGGAUAGAAUUAUUUUCGCAGUUUUUCAAAUGUUUAUCUAAUGAACAGAUUAAACAAUUGAAUUUUUGCAUUGUAAAAUUUUUAUAUAAUUACAUUAAUAUUCAAGAAUCUUAUACAAAUAAUUACAAAUAUACAAAUUCACAAAAAAAAAAAAAUUCUUUUAUAAAUAAUAUAAACUAUGAAAAUAAAUUGUACCAAAAUAAUGUAUAUGCAAAUGAUUCUAACAUUAAUGUAUUAGAAACAUUAUUAACAUCAUUAUUUAAAUUAAAUCUUAUGUUAUUUAUACCAACAGAAAUUAUUUUUUAUUGUGCUAAAAAAUUUUGUACUUACGAAAUAUCAAAAUAUAUGUUGCAAAUAUUAUUAUAUCAAAACUUAAAAGAAAUAAAAAAAUCUGAAGUAAAUGAAGAAACUGAAAAUAAGAAAGAUGAUAAGCUAUCGUUAAAUAUAAAGAAGUGUAGUAAUAUUAAUAAUGUAAAGAUAAUAAAAAAGAACUACGAUAAUUACAAACAAAUUAUUAAUUUUUUAAUUGAAAUCAGCAGUGAAUUAAAAGAAUAUGACAGUAUUUAUGCAUUAAAAAAAUAUUUACUGAAAAAUGAUGAAUUAUCAAAAUCUUUAUUUUAUAAUCAUUAUAAUUUAUUUUACAAAAAUGAAUAUUCUUAUCUUAAACAUUUCGUUGAUUACGAAAAAUUUCAUUUAACUAAAGAAGAAAUAAAUAUAAAUAAAAGCAAUUGGAUAAAAAGUUUAAAAUAUUUUAAUAAAAUAUCUUGUAUUGAAAAUUAUAUGCAAUUAAUUGAUUUGAAGGAAAGAAAAAAAUACUCUUCUAUUCCUUUGAGAAACAGAAAAUGUAUAUUAUUUUCGAAUAUUGAAAAAGAAGAUACUUUUUCUUUUAAUUGCAACUUUGAAUCAUUAAAAAGUAACUACUUGAACAAUUUAAAUAAUAUAUAUUACUUACUAAAUGAUAAUUUAAAAUAUAUACAUAAAGAAGAUGAGACAAAAUAUGUGAAUAAGGAAAGAGAUGAAAGAAAAAACGAAAUACAUUCAAAAUCAUCAAAAGAAGAACGAUAUAUUAAAGAUGAAUUAGAAAAGUAUCAAAAAAAAGAAGAAAUUUACAAUACAAAAAAAAAUAAUUCUACAGAUAACAAAGAAACAAAUGAUAAUGAUAAUUUAAAUAAUUUAUAUUAUCAUAAAAAGAUACAUACAAUUCAAAGAACAAUUAACAUAAAUGAUGAUCAAAAUGAUUCAAAAUCUAAUAAUUCUAGAGUAGUUAAAAAUUAUAAUGAAAAUAAUAUUUACAAUGGUAGUAUAAAUGAUGAUGAUAAUAAUAGUGUUAUUUAUAAGAAAAGUAAAAAUUCUAUUAAUGAAAAUUAUAAAUAUUGUAAUAAUAUGGAAUAUAUAAAUGAUAUAAAUAUAUUAAAAAAUAUAAAUGACGAUAUAAAUUAUAAUAUUUGUUGUAAUGCACAUUUAUACUUAGAAAAAUUAAUUGAAGAGUUGAAAGAAAAUAACAAUACAUUUACAAAAAAUAUGUAUAUUCAAGAAAUAAAGGAAAACAUUGAUGACGAGAAAAAAGAAAAUAAUGAAAUAAAUAUCAAGAAAAAUGAAAUAAAAAAAAUUAAUUAUGAUUAUGAAAUAUUUUUAAAUGAAGGAAAUAAUGUUUUAAAUAUGUUUAAUGGAAAAAAUAAUUCUUUUCUCGUUGAAAAACUAAGAUUUGACUUUAAAAAGAAACAUAUUAAAGCAAUUAAAGAUAACAUAAGUAAUGGAAUGGAUUUAUUACUUGAAAGAUUUAGGCAGUUACGCAAAUACAAAAAUAGUAAUUUUGAAGCUCUAUUUUUACAUGCAGAAUUAUUUGAAUAUGCACAAAUAAGUAUAGAAAUUAUAAAAGAAUACUCCUUGAAAACAAAGCAAAAAAAAAAAGAAGAAAAAGUAGUGAGUUUUAUAAACUUAUUAAAUAAUUUAUAUAAUAUUUUCAGUAAGGAUAAAUCAUUUUGUUCUUAUAAUGAUAUUUAUGACUUGAAAUAUAUAUGUUCAUGGAAGCUUUUAUUUUUAAAAAUCAUGAAAACUUUUAUUGGUAACUAUGAUUUUUUGUCUAUUUCGAAGAAUUCUGAUACAUAUGACUGCAAAGAGAACAAAACUUACAAUUUAUUAAACAUAGUAAAAAAUAUGAGAAAAAUGAAUAACAUAUCUUAUUAUUAUUUUGAUAAAAUAUAUGAAAACUUUGAAAAUUAUAAAAAUAAUAAGUUAAACACAGAAGAAAAUUACAUCUUAAACAUAGAAAUAAUAAAGAUAAAUUUAAAGAAUUUAAUUAAUAGCAACAUAUCUGUCAAUGAAAGUAAUAUAACAAAUAAUUUUAUUGAAAAAUACAACACAUAUGAAGAAAAUGAAAUAAAUAAUAAAAAAAAUUCAUUUAAAAAAGAAAAAAAUGCAAAAAUAACUUUUGAUGAAAAUUAUUUGUAUAUAACAAAUAUGGAAAAUCAAUAUUUUAAUAUAUGUAUCAACUUAAAAAAAUUAAAAAAAAAUAAAUUUCUUCAUAAAGUUAUACGAAAACUAAAAUGCUAUGUUAAUUCUUUAAAUAUAAUUAAUACAUUUAAUUUUGAUUCACUACCAAUGGCUGGCUAUGAAAAAUUUAGAAGUAAAUUUUUUUACAUAAAAGGAAAAAUAUUAUGUGACUUAAAUAAAAUAGUUUUAUUUUUGUAUAGAAAUAAUUUUAUAGAAAAAAAUAACAAAAAAAAUUGCAAUUAUUGUAAAUACAUGCAUAAAGAUUAUACAAAAAAAGAUGAGAGUGAUAAUAGUAGAAGUGUGAAAGAUGAUAUUCAGGAUAAAAACUUUUUGAAUAAAAAUAAUGAACGUAAUAAUUAUGUGUUAAAAGAUAAAGAAGAAAAUAAUGAUAAAAAAAUAAAAAAAAAAAAUGAAAAAGUUAAUAAUAGUUUUAAUGAAAAAAUAGAAGAGAAAUAUACUGAGAAAAACGUGAAAAGAAAAAAUAGAAAUAAUAAUAAAAGUAUGUUUCAUAAUGAAAGUAUAGAAGGAAAUGAAAAAAGAAAUAUAGAAACAAAAGAAAAUAAAUUAUGUGAUAAUGAUAAAGAAAAGAAUAGUAAUAUUUUACAGAAAAAUAAAAAUAAGAGAGAAAAUAAAAAAAAAAUUAAUAUAAAUAAUUCAGAAUUUAUUUGUAAAUGUAAUAACAAGAAAUAUAAGCUUUUUGAUGGAAGUAUAAUCGAAGAAUGUUUUCUUUCUUCCUUAAAAAUAUAUCCAUUUGAAAACAAUUCAUGGCUUUUAUGGGGCAAUUAUUGCAAUAAAUUAUUUAAAGAAAACAAAAAUAUUUCUUUAUGUUUAAGUUCUAUAAUAUCUUAUUUAAUAUAUUCUAGUUUAAAUAUAAAUAAAGGAUAUUAUUAUCUAAGUAAUGUAUUCUACAUGUUAAAUUUUGCUACAAAAGAUAAUUCUUUAUUUCAAGUUUUUAAUAAAUAUAACGAUAAUAUCUCACCAAAUUUAUGGCUAUUUUAUUUACCCUUUUUAAUGAACAACAUAAAUAUAAACCAGAAAAAUUAUAUAUAUUUUCAUAAAAUUUUAUACAUUUUAAUGAGCAAAUUCCCACAAGACAUAUUUUAUGAUUUUAGGUCUAUUAAUAUAGAUAGAAAAGAUAAAUUGUAUUAUUUGAAAGAGAUAAAUAAGGAAAAGGGAAAGAAAGCCAAUUCAUCUAUAUUGAAAAAUAACUUAUACCUUUCGAAUAAUAAAAAUAAUAAUAAGAACACAUUAGAAUUUGAGAACAUAAUAAUGAAAAAUGAUAUAAACAAUGAAAAUGCUGAAAAUAUUAGAAAUAAUACUGAAAAAACAAUUUAUAGUCACAUUGAAAAGGAAAAUAAUAAUGAUAUUAAUAAAAGUGAUUUUUUAAUUGAAAAUGAUGAUAAGAGCAAAAUAGAAAAUUUGAAUGCAGAAAAUUUUAAUUUACAAAAUAAUACUAUAAAUGAAACUAAAAUAAAAUCAAAUAAGAAUAAUAAAUGCAAAAGUGAUGUUGAUUCUUUAAAGUGCUCAGAUAAUUGUAAUAAAAAUACCUAUCAAUCUUUGAAUAUAUUUGAAGAUUCUUUUGAUCAAUUAAUAAAUGUAUUUAAAUGUAAAUAUUCUGACAUUUAUAUGUCACUAGAUUAUAUGUGUAACGAAAUUUUAAAUUACACAAGAUUUCAAGCCUAUGAUGAAACAUUUUAUUUUAUAAAUAAACUAUUUAAUCAGUGUAUAGAGUUACCAUAUUCUCAAAUACAUAUCUCAAAAAUGAUGCAAAAUUUUACUGAAAAUAUCAUUUAUAAAAGAUAUAAAACAAAAUUAAAAAAAAAAUACAUAUCUAGCGAAAAAUAUAAAAGAGUUAUUAAAAAUAUGCAUAUGUUUUGGGAUGAAUUUAAAAAGGAUAUUGAAUUUUUAAAAAAAAACAAUUAUAUUGAAAAAAUUCUAGAUGAGAAAAAAAAUUAUGUAAGUUCAAAUUUUCAUGAUAAUAUAACAAAUAAAGAAAAAAAUGAUACGAAAGUAUUAAAUGAUUCUUAUUUAAAAAAUAAUUCUAAUAAUUAUUUCUUUUCAUUAUCUCAAUUUACAAAUAUAGUUAAAAAAUGGAAAGAUAUAUUAUAUAUAAUAUUAUAUUCCUUAAAGGAAAAUCAAUUUUUAGAAGAUUUUUCUUUUUCUUUAUGUGGUAUGUUUUCAAAGUUGAAUAUUAAAGUUGAGCUACCAGGACAAAGAUUAAAAUACAUUGGAGAAUUUUUAAAUUAUCAUUGUAAUUUAAAUUUAUUUGCUCCUGUUAAUAUAAUUAAUCUAAAUUCUUUUAUUCUAACGAGUGUUCGAAACAAUUAUAGUCUUAAUAAAAUUAGUUUUUUUACAGAUGACGGAAAUAUUUAUUAUUAUAUUAUGCAACCAUGUAAUUUUAUCCGUUAUAAAUCAGAACAUAAAUUUAUGUUAUUUCAAAUAUUGUUAAAUAAUAUUAUGUUUAAAUUUUUACAAACAAAAGAAAGAGGAUUAUCAUUAAAAAUAAAUGUUCAUACUCCUUUACACCCAUCUUUUAGAUUGAUGGAUGAUUCUAUUGAUAAUAUUACUCUUGAGGAACUUUAUAAUGAUUAUAUAUUAGUGAUGAAAAAUGAAAAAUUUUCAUUAGAUAGUGUUUUAUUAUAUCACAGAGAUUUAAUUAAAAGUUCUAUACGCAAACGUUUAUUAAAGAAAAUUGAAUCUUUAAUAAUAGAAAAUCAAGAAGAAAAUGAAAUAAAAAUUAGUCCUAUAAAAAAAGAUGAAACAAAAAAUGCAUCAAAAAAAAAUAACAAUGAGGAAAUUAUUAAAAAUAAGGGAAAUGCAAUGAAAGAUACAUUGUUAAGAAAAAACAUAUGUGUAAAUAAUAAAGAUUUAAAAAAUAUAACUAGCCAUAGUUUGACUUCAUGUAAAAAUAAUGAAAGUAUAAAGAAUACAACUAAUAUUAAUUGGGAUUCUUUAUCUUUUGAAGAAUUAAUAAUCCACUUAAGUGAUAAAAAAUGGUUUUAUAAGUACUUUAAGAAGUGUGAAAAGGAGUGUUUGAGAAUACAUUUUAAAGAUAUUUGUAAAAUUGUUCCAAAGAAUAUAAUGAGAAAUUAUUUUUAUUUUCUGCAUGAUAACUUAGAGAGUUAUUAUAUUUUGAAUACUCAAUUUAUUAAAAGUUAUUCUGUAUUAUGUAUGUUAAAUUAUAUAUUUUUUCAGUUAAAUACCUCCUUAAAUAAAAUAAUAUUAUCUAAAUUUUCAGGAAGAACUAUAUAUUUGGAAGGAAAACCAUUAUAUAAUGAUUUAACAAUCAAAAAAGAAGUAUAUAAAAACAUACCUUUUAGAUUAACAAGAAAUAUUCAACAUUUUAUUGGUUUUCAAGGAAUACAUGGAAAUUUACCAUCGUGUUUUUACUCCGCAAUUAUGGCAAUAAAAAAAAAAACAAAAUAUAUAAAAAAUUUUUUAAAUCUAGCUAUUUCUGAUGAUUUUAUAUCUUUACAUAUUUAUAAAAAAAAUCGUAGCGUCUUGCAAACAAAAAUAAAUGAAAAAGGAGAAGAUAAAAUAAAUUCCUACAUAAAAUCUUUUUAUGUAGAAGAUUUUGAAAAAAAAAAUAUAUUAAGGAAUGCUGAAAAUUAUGUGAAUAAUAUAUUUUGUAGAAUUCUUUGUUUAUAUAAAAAUGGAUUUGAAAAAAAAAAUGACAGUUCAUCAAAAACAAAAAAAAAAAAAAAAAAAAUAGAAGUAAAUUUUUAUGAAUAUUGCUCAGACAUACAAGAUAUAUCAUUAUCAGAAUUAUCAUCAGACAGCGAUUCAGAAUAUAAAAAAUUGAAUGUAGAUAUAAAUUCGCAAAAAGUGAAAAAAAAAAAUGAAAAUCAAAUAAAAAAAGAAAUUGAUAUGCAACUUAAGUUAUUAAUUCAGGAAAGUAAAACUAGUAAAAAUUUUAAAAGUUUAGUAAAAAAGGAUGGUACAAUGGAUAACAGAAGAAAAUGUGAUAGUGAGAAUACACAAACAAUUGGAAGACAGUUAACAAAUGAUACAUCAUUCAAUUUUUUAUAUGGAUUAAAGAAUGAGGAAAUGAAUAACAUAAUCAAGGAAAAAAGUAAUUACUACAACGAUAAAGAAAAAGAAAUCAACAAAGAAUGUUAUGAAAUACAAACACAAGAAGAACAAUUACAAAAACAAGUACAACAAUUACUGCAACAAAAGAUGUUACAACAAAUGCAGAAUAAACAAAGUAAAUAUAAUAAUAAUGAAGUCAUGGAUAAUGGAAAAGAAAAUUUAGUAGGAUAUGAAAAAGAAGGGGAAGAAUUAAGUGAUGAGAUAAAAUAUAACGAAAAUAAAGGUGACGAUGAAGAAAAAGAGCAAAAUAAAGAAGAUAAAAUAAGAAAGAAAAAAUAUAUUACAGAUGUUAAUAAAUCAAUAAUAGAUUUAAUUGAAAUGUCAAUGAAUAUUAAAUAUUUAAAAAAUACAAAACCUACAUGGUUUCCCUGGUUUUAA